AUGAUCAGAUCCACCAGUAACUGUGGCUCAAGCCUUUUCAUCACCGAAGAUGUGGUCAGCAACUACAUGUCCUUCAUUGGGUCAACCCAAUAUGAUUGGGAAAAUCCGACAAUGAUGGACGGCCCCGAUGAUCCGGACCCAAAAAAUGCCACGCAAUCCAGAGGCACCAUUCAGUAUGGACCAGAUGAGGAGGACCCUCGCCAAGCCGAAGAGCCCUACAGACGCUUCAUAAGCAUCAUUAUCUACGGCGAUAGUGAAAAUGGAGUCACUCAUUGUGAUGACAGGAUGAUUCCUGACAUCUCACACCGACAAGAUACGUCUGGCUAUAAGAAACAUGUCAACAUGCUUUUGACAAGCCACGGGAACCCUGUCCCAAAGUCCCGGUCAAAGUCAUAUUGAGACAUUUACGUCUCAGUGACACCAGGCUGCUGCUUCAGUUAUAUAAGAGAUAACGACUGGAUGACGGAUUGUCAUCUGCUAUUUCCUCUGUCUCUGUUUUUUUCUCCACCUAUCGUCUUGUUUCUUUCGCAGGUUUUUUUUUUUUUUUUUCUUUUUUUUUUCUUUUUUUUUCCUCAGCUUGAAUGCUAUAUCACCACACCACCAAAAGAACUUCAAUUUUGUUUUGCUUGUUGCCCUGUUGGGGUUUUACCUAAUAUUGAUAUUUGUUCAAAUCUGUAAGAAGG